AUGUUUUCUUCGGUGUGUUUUGUUUUGGCGGUUGUUUUAUUCGCCAACUCGGCGUAUUCCUCAUAUCAAUUCCACCAACUGGGCAACGCGCUGCCGCUGGAUGUCCAGCUGGAGGCCGGGGCCGCGUGUUUGCUGGCGUUGAUUGGAGGAUUAUUGGCAGUGCCUCGUGCCUCCAUCAAGCACGAUAUUGUUUCCGGACACGCGGUGCCGGGAUACCGUCAGGAGCCAUUAAAAUACAUAUAUAUGGACAAAGCAACAAGCGAGUUAGAAGCACAAGGAGUGGGAUUAUUUGAGGAAUUAAUCAAUCGUCCCGGAUACCUGGACCUGGACAAAAAGAGAAAGGAAUUUGCCAAAUGGGCGAAGCAAUGA